UCAUUUUGCCGUAAAACAACGUCAGCUGUCGCAACAUUUCUUCCAGCAGCAGAGGUCACAACAAACCGCUCAGCAUGGGAGGUGACCACGCCCCCCAGAAGGUGCAGAUGCCCGACUGGCGGCAGUGGAAGAUCGAGGGAACGCCACUAGAGAUCACACAGAAGAGGCUGGCCGCCCGCGGCCUGAAGGACCCCUGGUUACGCAACGAGGCUUGGAGAUUCCAAGGCAAAUUCGCUAAACCUGUGACUCUCUCUGAGGUGCUGCUGAGAGGAUUUAAGUGGGGCUUUGCUGCCUUUACUGUGGCUCUGGCUGUAGAGUACGUCAUGUUCCCACCCAAGAAGGGCGGCCAUUAAUGCUCUUCACUGUCCCUCCAGCCCAGACCAGAAUGGAAUCUAACAAUAUUCUGUAUUUUCUGUUAAAUAAAUGUUUUUGUUCUCCC